AAAAAGAUCCUAUUUUGAUGCCAUCACAAGAUUCACGGCUGUCUGUGGGUACUAUUAGACGUGAGGCUGGGAGUAAAGUAGCUGCAGUUGAACAAAUUCAAGAGACCCCUCUUGUGAUCAAAUCGACUUCUUCUGGUUCUGAGCAAAGGAAGGUGGGACCCAGUGAGCUUCUGGGAGUGGGGAAGAAUGUGGUUUCAGAGUCAUCUUCACGACCAGGAUCAUCUUCUCAUAUUGCUCCUGUUAUUCAUGAAUGGAGAUAUGAUGCAAUGUGCCAUGAUUUACUUGAAAUGGAGGGAAAUAAAUAUGUUCACGUGGUUCCAAGCAAAACAGGUGAUGGUUAUGAAAGGAAAGAGGUCCUUUUAGAGGAUCAUGAUCUAGUAUGGCUGGAGCUCCGACAUUCCCAUAUAGCAGAUCUUUUGAUCAAUGGUUCAUUGUCGGGCUAG